GUGUGUGUGUGUGUGUGUGUGCGCCACAGUACGUAUUGGCGUUUUUCACUUGAGCACCAGAAAGCUGAGUAUAGUGAGCGAACAUCGUGUGGAGUGAAUCGUGCAGGUCUGAAGCAAGUCUCGUGAACAUGUCACGGCAGCGCCCCCAAGAAACCUAUCGCCAAAGGGGCGAUGAAAACUUGUUUGAGCGAGGACGAGGGUGGGGGCGACGAAGCAGCGCUGCAGAGCAUGACUUCAGUGAGGACUGCUUCAUCAUACUGCACUUCAAGAAGUAUGAGGGGGAGGCCCCACCACUGCCCCCGCCUACAGUGCUGGGGUCGUUCUCUGUGGACAGCGCGAAGAACAUUCUAUAUGACAACUCCAUGAUGCCCGUAUUGAGCCAAAAGUACAUUCCAGAUGGCGAAUUUAUGCAGGUGGAUAUGGACCUCAAUCGGGGAUGGCAUAAAGUCAAUAGCUUCACAGGAACGUCAGCUGAUGGCUUCAGACAUCUCCUUCAGUGGAUUCUUAAAAAUCAGGAAAAUGUUAGAGCCAAAGACUCAUCAGACAGACUGGCGGCUGAUUUUGUGUGUUCAAGGAGAAUGCUGAAACAAAUUAUGCAGGCCCCGUAUACACAUGCAAAGCACCAGAAUGCUGCGUGGAAUAUAUUAGCCAAAGAAUUCAAAGGAACAAUAUACUUGACAAGUCUGGUUCCAAAGGAGGAGAAACACAAGGAGAAGCAGGGAGCCAGCAGCCUCAUGGAGAUUUAUGGCCACAAGUUUGAGCAGUACAUGACAGGAGGGGAUCCUGAUGAUGUCAUGGAAACUGACUGUCAGUUCCGGUGUGUGCUGCAGCUGCACUUGAACGAGAUGUCGCUGCUCUUUGCCCCAGACAUAGAUGCAGUGGACCCAACACGCCACAAGGAAGACUUUAAGGACCUGAACAGUUUUCUGAGACUGAAAGCAAAGCUGGAAUCAACCACAUCAUUUACAGAUUAUAACUACAGGAAGUAUACCCUGAACAAUUGGUGGAUUGAAAACAAGUUAACAGGUGUCCCAAGGCUUCUGGUAGGCAAAAGGAACCGUGAUGGAGUGGUGCAUACACUGCAGAUGCUACAAACAGACGACAUGCCUGCUUUGGCUGAGGGGAAGUGGGAACCAUCCGUAUGCAUCAAUGUUUUGGACAAGUUCCUCAAUUUUGUCAAAAGAAGGGUGGUUGCAGAACCUGACGUGGUUCAUCACUUUGAGAAGUCUGCUAUGGCGAUCCACCACUACCGCGAUCCCAACCUGGAAGACAUCCUACCCAACUGGUACAAACAGAAGCUCUUCAGCACACAAGAUGAAGAGAGUGACUGCAGCAGUGGUAGUAGCUAAAGAACACAGGAUAUCAUGUCUCAUAUAAGCAGCCUUGAGAGCCAAGCCCCAAGAAACAAGAAAGUGCUGUUGAUCAGGGGAGUGGACUCCAUCAUAUAAUCCACUGUUGCCCAAGAGCCUUGCUUUGGCUGUGUCUGCUACACCAUCACUGGCAACCCAAAAGGGUUCCAUACCCUGUCAAGAGGUUUAAGACCUUACAGCGGCUAUUAAAUUUACAAGGAUUUUGUGUGUUCAGUUUAUCCUUUUUUUCCCCUCAAAUAAAUUGUUAGUUUUUUUUUUUCAUGUAUACUUGAUUCAGCUUUGGCUGGAGAGGAGGAACUUUGAUGAUCUAAAUAAUAAAUCAGGGAUAUCUUCAAAUAAAGGCCAUUAAUCUCAGACCUAUGAUAGAUUGUGGGGAAUUAUUCAGCAUUGGUGACUGUGUAGUGGACCCAGUCAGUGUUAGGGUCAAGACAAGAGAAUGAGUGAAUAUGUAGUAUAACCCAAUUCACUUGGUAAUUAUUUUCUCCUAUAUUGUACUUUCAUUAUAUUCAUAUAUAUGUAAGAUUAUUCUCUUCAUUGCUUUUGCUUAAUGAUCAUAAUUACAGUGAUUAUGACAAGAAUAUAAACUUAAUGCCUUAUAUGAAGUCAUUCAAGUUUUGUUAAAUCUUCUAGUGUUGCCAACCUUCCUGUUCAUGCAUCUUGUUAACAAAAACAAUGCUUCAUGUUCAUCACUAGGAGGAACUGCCUCAGAACUGUCAAGGAACUUCUUGGUAGGAACUUGAUUUGAAAUAACUCUGUUUCUGAUGAGCAUUGCUUCAGCUUACCCAGCAUGAUGGAUCUGCACUAGCUAGUCAUGGCAAUGCAAGAUAAUAUUGAUGUUCUUUAAGCAGAUAAAAUUAAUACUGAAUAAAAUGCCCAAUCCUUCA